AUGUCGAAUCGAUAUAUGAAUGUCAGAGCCCACCCCUCUCGCUUGACUACAUCUACAAGGGUCCCUCCCCCCACUCGGACUAUCGUGCGGAGGAGAUCUGUCUCCAUCAGCCCCUCUCGCUGGUCAAUGGAUGAGGAUCCGUUCGCCAAUCUGGGACCUGAAGUGAGGCUGGAUCGGAGUGGAAAGUACGUCGAAAUUGAUGAAGGAGAUGAGGAGGGUGAGAGCGAGAGUGAGAGUGAGAGUAGGGAGGAGGACGAAGAGGAUAAUGAGGACGAAGAAGAGAACGGGGAUGACGAGGAGGACGACGAGGAAGAACAGGACGAAUCCGAGGUGGAAGUCGAGGCUGUGGCGAAUGAGCAGGACGGAGAUAACAAUGAAAGCGAUUCCGUCACCAAUGAAAGCGACAUCGACUCUGAUAGCUCGUCUGAGCUGUCAGAAGGGGGAGACCUGAUCGAGUGGUUCGACGACGCCAUGUCCUACGGCACGGAAGAAGCCAGCGAACACCUCGAUAAGGUCCUUCGCAAAUGGAAGGCCGGGAAAUACACUACCGUCGAGAGCGACGUCCUCAUCUACGUGUUCAUUGACAAGUCGGCCGGCGAGGGACUCAAAGGACUCAAAGGGGGCGACAGGGUUGUCGCCAAAGCUCUACUCGACAUGGCCGAACGACAUGACUUUGUGGUAGGAUUCUCCCAGUUGGACUACUGCGUCCGUGGAGAAGCUGUCGACGAUGGUAUCAUGCCCCAUGCAUCCCAUGGGUGUCGGGCAUGUCAAUAUGAAUACGAGUGCGAUUGCGGAUCUGACUAUGAGGAGCAGGAACCGGACGUGGAGGAUAUCUCGAUGGGAGAGGUUUGGGAGCGGAGAUACCUCCUUCAGGGGGUUUAUGAUAAAGACGGGGAACGUCUGCCUGGGCUUCCCAACGGUGACGAUGUCUUCGACUUUGAUGAUGAGAAAGCGAUUGUUCAGGGGGAGGAUACUAUGAGGGAUAUAGCUCACGACGAGCCGGCGGACGAAACCGAAUACGAGAAGGGAUGCAAGAUGGAUUAUGUGGACGAUCCUGGUGAACUCGAACAAUGGUGGACACGCCGCGUUCUGGUCAUCUACCCCAAAUACGAAGAACCAAGGAUCAACUUGGAGCUUGAGGGUGGGCCUGCCGCCGCUCUUCAACGCCUCAAAAAGACGUCCUGGAACCCGCCCACCGAUGAAGACGUUACCACCGCAUACGAUAUCCUGACCGCGAUCGACCCCGAUAAACCCAAGUUACGCAUCCCAUUCCGCUUCCAAUCGCCACCCUCACUGGCCGAAGACUCUCUGGCACCCAAGGCAAUUUAUCUUGAAGUUCUGGACGCGGCGACGAAGUGGGAGGAUCUGGAGUUGUGGCUGAGUGCCGCCGAGCGAAUGAAGUUUGAUUAUUCGAUGCUUGGGAUGGAGAGGCUUAGAGAGGCCUUGGAGGCGUUCGAGUGGAAGGAGUUCAAGGCUAGCUUGGGAAAGGUUAUGAAAUCAGUCAAGGUGAAGGAGAGGGCAAAGGUUGUGAGGGAGGUCGUCGAGUUCAUUCCCAGCAGGAGUUCGGCGAGGCGGUGGGUUGAGGAGCAAACCCGGGGUGUGCGUCGUUGA